GUGGCCAGUGGAAGAAGGUUAGUUCUUUAGUCGUGACGUCGGUAGCUAAGUGAGUGUUGUUCUGUUGCCCGAAACCGAGAAGCAGUGAGCGAGGGAAUCGCGGAAUCAGAUCGGGCAACUAACUACAGAAAACGUCUAGAACAUAAUCGUCAUAUCGAUUUCUUGGACUCAUGACCACCUGAAAAGGUUAAACAGGGGCAACAUUUCAGACGAUUCGAGCGGCUGAAACGCAGCUAGCUUGUAGGUCCCUUCGAAGUUUUGGGCAGACGCAAGUUAACUGUGGCUUGGCUACCGACAUCACCACUUCGGCAGUUCUCUAACUGAAACACAACCCAGCACUUGGAGAACAUGGUGUCCUGGAUCAUUUCAAGAUGCGUCGUGCUCUUGUUUGGGACGCUGUAUCCUGCAUACUACUCCUAUAAAGCUGUCAAGACAAAAAAUAUCAAGGAAUAUGUCCGAUGGAUGAUGUACUGGAUUGUUUUUGCCCUCUACACUGUGGUGGAGACCAUCACUGACCUAACACUAGCAUGGUUUCCUUUGUACUAUGAACUGAAGGUAGCAUUUGUAAUCUGGCUCCUAUCCCCUUACACCAGAGGAGCAAGUCUCAUUUACAAGAAAUGUCUGCACCCACUGCUGUCUUCCAGAGAGAGGGAAAUAGACGAUUACAUUGUCCAGGCCAAGGAACGAGGUUACGAGACCAUGGUGAACUUCGGCAAGCAGGGCCUCAGCAUUGCAGCCACCGCUGCUGUCACUGCAGCUGUCAAGGGUCAGGGCGCCAUCACAGAAAAGCUGCGAAGCUUGAGCAUGCAUGACCUCACACAGAUCAAUCAGCAAGACGCGCGAGGAGAAAACCAGCUGUAUCGCUACAGCUCCCAUGGUGCCAAUCCGUCCGUCAGACGAACUCAGAGUGUUGAUGUACCUGAUGGAGCAGAAUACUUUUACGACCAGGACGACAGGAGCGAUGACGAUACCGAGCCAACUCUCUCCGAAGACGAGGCCGUGUCUCAGAAAGGGCUGAGACGAUCGCAGAGCGUCAAGCUGACACGGUCCCGAGUACGUAAAGAUGCUCGAUAUGGCUCGCUGAAAAUUAAAGCGAAGAAGAGACCAACGCUGAACUCCAUUAAUUAUGGAGUGUGAAGAGACUUCUUCUGAUACACACACACGGAUACACUGCUGCGUAGUUUUAAGAUCGUCUGUCUGAAAUCUGGCUGUUGAAUAUUCUUCUAUACAGUAUUUGUGGAUAUGAAAAGUUGUCACAGCCUUAUUCAAAUGGCAGGUUUUGGAUAUUAACCCUUUCAUGCACCCUGAUCAUAACAUGAUCAGCUGUCCACUGAAUCAGAAUCAGUCCCUGCCCCUGAAAGGGUUAAAAAAAAAUUGGACCAUGAUAAAUUUUCCAUCAUAAAUGUGGCCUGUAGAAAAAAGAAAAAAAUCGAGGGGGAGUAAAAAUAAACAUCUGAGAUAAUGUGGGAGCACAAAUGUGCACAAACAACAGCUAUGGCUGUGUACAGAAUAAACAAAUAACAUUGUAUCUCAGGUUUGAAUUGGCCACUAUUGUCUUUAAUUUUUUUUUUUUUCCUUCAAUCGAGUUGUACAGGGAAAACUGAGAUAUGAUUUUUGUUGACAUCACAAAAACCUGCCAUUUGAACAGCCGCGCGUAGACUUUUGACAUCCGCUCUAUACCUGUGUGUAUUUUAGUUUCAUCUGUCUGACUUGAGUUUAUUUCAUAAUAGGUGUUUUUUUUUCCCCACAAAUGAUCGCUUUACAGGCGCGCCAGGAACAUUUGAUUCCUGCCAAGGUUCCACAAAUCCCCUUUUCUCCCUCAUCUUAAAUUGACCAAGUACACACUUUUUAAUAAUUUGUUGUUCAGCAGACACCAACGCUAACUUAACCGCACAUUUUUUUUUAAGUGGCCUUUUAUUGUGGUCCAACAGAGGCACACCUGUGCAAUAAUCUUAGACUUUUCACAGCUCAUGAAAAAAUGGGAGCAAAAAGUAAAGCGUUGCAUUCAUAUUUUAAAUAAUUGACCUUUUAAUGUGGUAUGUAUGAAAUUUUUCUUGUCCUUUAUAUUUGUCUUUAUAACAUUUGGAUUAGAAGGGCUUUUAUAUUAUUCAUAGUUGUUUUUUGGAUACGCAGCUCAUCCCAAAGCUUUUUUGUUUUUUUAAACUGCUGUUUUGUUGCUUGUCAUCUCAAUUUUUAACGUAGUUGCAAGUAGGACACGGCACCAAAAAAAAAAAAAGUUUUAGCCUUGACAAUAUCAAUGUAUUCGCACACUCCAUUUAAACUAACAGCCUGCUGACAUUGAAAGUGAGCCACGCUCGUCUCUGUGCUGACUCAAUGGAAAUGGCUAAGCUGGUAGAAUUUCAUUUCCAAAAUGGAGGCGGCGUGCCUUCAUGCCAAUCAUGCCUUGAUCAUGAUUAUUAUCUCAAUGCAAUAGAUUGGUUUCCAAUUGGAAUUUUCCUGAUAGGUCGAGCACAAAGAACAUGUUCAUCAUUACUUUUAGUGUAUUUAGAAAUACAAUUGGUCUCGAGCAUCAUCAGACAAAUUCUACUUUCGCAAAGAUUUGUGAAUACAUGCUUGGAGACGAGGUGG